GGUGGAGUAUGCUGUGGCCUCACAUCGCUGGCCCAAAGUUGCGGCGAUCGAUGCGACCAACAGUUCAUUCCACGGGGCUGAGGAUGAGUUGGCUUCUGUGCGCUUGGCCGCCCAAAAGGCCGGAGAGGCACUGGAGAUCCGGCGCUUGGCGGUGCCUGUGGGGGGCGCCAUCUUUCACCACCAGGAUGUUUGGCACGGCUCCGGCGCAAAUCGCUCCUCCGAGCGUCCUCGUCGAGCUUUGGGCGUCCAUUUGCUGAGUCGCGAUGUGACCUUUCGAAGAGAUCCACGACCGGAUUACAUCUAUGGUCGCUAUGUGCUUUCUGAGGGCAGUGGAGAAGUCUCCGAACAGUUCUUUCCCAUCCUUUGGACGACCUCAGGCUAUGUGAGCCCCAUUCUUCGCCGCGCCAAGAAACGGCCCGUCGAGGUGGAUGCACCGGCUGCCGCAUGCUGAAAAAAAAAGACCUCACUGCGACCGAGCCCUGGUUAAUCAUGGUUAAUAAGGGAAAGCAUCCCCAAAUGGCC